GUUACCAUUUUUGUUGUCACAAAAUUUUCCCACUUGCACUCCUCUCUCUCAAAAUAGAAAAUAGCAUCAAAUCAAAUCAAACGAGAGAAGGGAGCAAAAAAAAAACCAAAAACGAAUAAUGGCUUCUCAAACAACACUUCCAAUCUCAAGUCCACAAUCGACAGAUCCACCAAUCGCUACACCAGCCUUCCGUUCAUUCAUCUCCCGUUUAUCAUCUUCAAUCCGUCAAGGUUUCUCUCAACGCCGUCCUUGGGUAGAACUUCUUGAUCGGACUUCUUUCGCCCGACCCGACUCCGUAUCCGAAGCCGCAUCGCGCGUGCGCAAAAACUUCUCUUACUUCCGGGUCAACUACAUCUCCUUACUCGCAGGCGUACUCGCUCUUUCCCUUCUCUCACAUCCUUUCUCUCUCCUCGUACUUCUCGCUCUCGUCGCUGGAUGGUUUUUCCUCUAUUUGUUCCGCCCCUCCGAUCAGCCUGUCGUUGUACUUGGUCGCACUUUCUCUGAUCGCGAGACGUUAGGGAUAUUAGUGGUGUGUACUAUUGUUGUGGUGUUCCUCACUAGUGUGGGGUCGCUGCUUAUAUCUGCGAUGCUUGUCGGACUCGCGAUUGUUGCUGCUCAUGGUGCUUUUAGGGUUCCUGAGGAUUUGUUCCUUGAUGAUCAAGAACCAGCAAAUGCGGGAUUCCUUUCCUUCUUAGGUGGUGCUGCCUCAUCUGCCGCUGCUGCUGCCGCCGCUGCCCCUGCUGUUGCUGCUCGCGUGUAGUUUGAUUUGAGGUUUGUUUGGAGAGCUUCUAUAUUCAAUUUGAUGUGAAAACUGUAGUAGGAAAAAAAAAACUACUAGUUGUUCUUGGAUUUUGCAGAAAUUUUUGUUGUCUAGAUUAUAGAUCUAGAUUGGAUCUGUAAUUUCCGACUUUUUAGAUCUGUAUUCAAUUGAAUUCCUUGUCUGCUUACUGCUACAUUUUGAUUUGUGUUUAUCUGUAAGUUGUUGGUGGAUCAAGGUUAAAUUUACGUAAUAGAUUUGCCUAAUUCUUUGAUUUU